CCGGGAGGGUAUAAGUGCGGCCCGCGCCCCGCCGGGCGGCGCGCUGGGCUCCGGAGCGAUGGCCGCAGCCGAGUCCCGUGCGCUCCAGUUCGCCGAGGGCGCUGCGUUCCCAGUGUACCGGGCACCCCACGCCGGCGGGGCGCUCCUGCCGCCCCCGAGCCCUGCGGCAGCCCUGCUCCCCGCGCCGCCCGCGGGCCCCGGCCCAGCGACCUUUGCGGGCUGCCUCGGCCGGGACCCGGGGCCGGCCCCGCCGCCCCCCGCCAGCCUGGGCUCGCCUGCGCCCCCCAAAGGCGCGGCCGCCCCGUCGGCGUCGCAGCGCCGCAAGCGCACGUCUUUCAGCGCCGAACAGCUGCAGCUGCUGGAGCUCGUCUUCCGCCGGACCCGGUACCCCGACAUCCACUUGCGCGAGCGCCUGGCCGCGCUCACCCUGCUCCCCGAGUCCAGGAUCCAGCUUUUAUUUUCUCCCCUCUUCCAGGUAUGGUUCCAGAACAGGCGUGCCAAGUCUCGGCGUCAGAGUGGGAAAUCCUUCCAACCUUUGGCUAGGCCGGAGAUUAUCCUCAACCACUGUGCUCCUGGAACUGAAACGAAAUGUCUGAAGCCCCAGCUGCCUGUUGAGGUAGAUGUGAACUGCCUGCCCGAUCCAAACGGGGUUGGAGGGGGCAUGUCUGACUCUAGCUCCCAAGGUCAGAAUUUUGAAACCUGUUCCCCUCUCUCUGAAGACAUUGGUUCAAAGCUGGACUCAUGGGAGGAACACAUCUUUUCUGCCUUUGGUAACUUUUGAGGAUUCUGGGAGAAUUCGGGAUAAGCUCUGAGGAGCCAUGACUGACAGCCUGGGAGAGACACAUCAGCAUACUGUCCUUUCUGACUUCCAUGCUAAGGACAUGUCCUUGUUAACCUUGAUGAUGGUUUUGACAGCACCUCUCACAUUUGAAGAUAGGCCGCCACUUUGUCAAUGAUGUUUUAAGCCCAUACUCCCACCCCAGAAUUCCGGCAUUCGUUUUUACCUGUGUUCUCUCCAAGCCUGCACAUUCCACUGGUCUGCAUCCCUAUGCCUUCUUGCCAGGCCUGUUUUUAGUUUUUGGACUGGUUGUUCAGAACUCAUUAUUUUCUUCACAAGAAUGCCUCAGCUUGACUUGGUUUCCCCUUGUGCUUGACAGCUGCCAUUUUCUCCUGGUCCCUCCAAGGCUUAU